UACAUAAAAAUGUGCCACGCGAUCAAAAAUUUAUAAAAAUUAUUAAUUUGACAGUAGCUAAAUAUCCAAACACGUGCGAAUUAAUUAAUCUUCGAUUAAAGUUGGACGAAUAACGGAAAUAAAUGAAGUGAACUGUAAUAAUUUAUCCACUAGUUGCAUUUCAUUAUCAAACUUGUAUGCCGAAACCUAUUACCUGGUAACAUUCCAAAAACAAACUUGUUCGUGUGACGAUGAACUUGUGAACCGGCGUCGCUGUGGCAGUUUAGUGUGACUGGGACUUUUUGUGUUCGUUCUUUGUUCGUUAUACAUGUCGCAAAUGAAGUAAACAAGUAUUUAUAGUGUGAGUUUUAUUAGCAUUUUUGUUUCUGUAGUGUAGUUUUUACAAUAAAAGAACAAUGAUAAAAAACGAAAUGGAGAAUGGCGGCGGCGACGCCAACAAUGUGUCACCGACCAAACUCAUGGUCAAUUACAUACCCGAACUGAUGACGCGCGACAUGAUGUACGCGCUCUUUUCCGCCAUGGGCAAGAUAGAGAGUUGCAAGCUAAUUGCGAACCGGGGGUAUGGCUUCGUCGAGUAUGAAAAACACGAGGAUGCAGAGAAGGCGCGGGCGGCGUUCAACGGCCUCCUGAUGCAAGGCAAGACUCUGAAAGUGUCUUUUGCUCUUCUCAACCCCGAGAAUAAGGUCAGCCACAAACCUGACACGGAAUCUAAUCUAUACAUUAGCAAUCUACCUCCAGAUAUGACGUUAGAACGUCUAAAUACUUUAUUCAGUCAGUUCGGUGUGAUUACGAACAGUCGUGUGUCACAAGGCAUUGGGUUCGUAUGUUACGAGACGCGGCCGCAGGCCGAAGAGGCGAUAAAACACAUGAACGGCCAGUCACCGAUACCGGCUGCAGGCGCUAUCGUUGUCAAAUUCGCGAACAAGCCCAACGCAAAUAAAAACGCGCCUCGGCCGGCUCCUCGCGUCGGGGUAAACGCUGCGCCGCUGGCGUACAACGGCGCCCCCGCCGUGUUCAACGGCACCACGCCUGCCGCCUUCAACGGCACCAACCUCAGCGCGGCGUUCGGUGCGCGGCCGGCUGCUUUUGCUCCUGGUUUUCCACAGGCCUCCCCGCCGCCGCUGCUACCGUCGCCUGGCAAGGCCCUGCCCUUCAUUAACAAGGGCCAGCAGAGGUUCAACCCCAUGGCAGCCACCAACCACUCGCCGCUGCCCCUGCUGGGCGCGCCCGCCAGCCCCGUGCCGCUGCUGGGCGCGGCGCCCGCCGCCCACCAGACCACAGUGUAUGUAUACAACAUCGGUGAGGACACAGAGGAGCUGGCUCUCUGGCAACUCUUUGGUCCCUAUGGUGCAAUUGACUCCAUAAAAGUGAUUAAGGACCCCGAGACAAAGAAAAACAAAGGUUUUGCUUUUGUGAACAUGCGUGAGUAUGAUGAGGCGGCUAUGGCCAUCCAAGCACUCAACGGAUACACGCUCAACGGACAGGUUCUAUCGGUUAGCUUUAAGACUCAGAAGAGAAAUAAUUAAAUGUGUACGGACGUUAUAAACGCCGUUACUUUUGUGAUCGUUCCCAGGCCGAAUGCUUAAGAAAGAUUUUCAUUCCAAUUUCAGAUUAUUUUUGUAGACGGAAAGCGAGAUCCUAUAUGUGCAUUUCAAAUUAGUCACAUAAGUAUUUUUGUAAGAUUUAACAUAGUUUUAUAUUCGCGAGAGCGCGACAUGACUAUUUGUGAGUUUAGUUGGCUUGACAGUAUCAUAUAUGUGUACACUUUUAUCAUAUGCUAUGGUAUUAUAUUAUUGGACUAUAUAUGGACCUGUCGCACUAUGUAUAUCUGCCGCGGGCGCCUGGGCGCGCCCCGCCUCCGCUAAUGCCGCCCCGGCGCCCGACAAUAACCCUCCAGGUAUUUUAUUUUGUGUAAAACAAAACAUUGUAUGUUUUUUAAUCUUUAAUAAAUUUCAUGUUUAAAUAGCGUUUAUUGUAUAUUUCUCUAUUUUUUUUUUCUAUAUACUUAUCCCCGCCCUGUCGUGUCCUUUAUUUACUUACAUAAUAUACAUAAUAAUACUUAAUAAUAUAAUUAUUAUUUGUGGCAGUAGUUUAACUUGUACAUAAUAUAUACAUGUGUGUAUUGUCUGUCGGCGGCAGGUCGGCUGUGUAAAACCGCUUAAAUAUUGCAUGUUGUGUAGUGAGAGAUCAGAAAUAAGUUUUUAUUUGUUUAUGUUACCUCAAGGUUUAUGGCUCCCGUUAUUGUUUUAUCUCGUCAUUAGUUACUUAUUCAAUAUUAUUUUUGGCGCAAUCGCAAGUCAGGCCUUCUAAUUUCUAAAAUGUGAAUUAUUUAUUUUUUUAUACCGUCAUGGACGAACAGUGAGCUUUAAUCUCUUUUACAUUGUUAAGGCUUCGAGUCAGUCCAUUAGGGUAGAGUAGGUAGGCGUACAGAGCGCGAGCUGGCGCGCUCCGCAGGAUAACCAUUAUCUUCGGGAACGCGUUACAGCAUAGGAAGCCGAUAAGAUAAUACUGAAUGCCUACAGUGAAGUGGUCCAAACUGAUUUAUCUACUCAAUGUAACUGCCACAACUUAGAGACUAAAAGCACUAGGUGCCUAUCCCUCCGUGCCUCUUACUUGGGACAGUUAUGUACCAAACAACAGUUUUAGGAGAGAAAGUAGGAAGUAAGUAUAACGCCGUGACUUCUACAUGGUGAGUAAUAACGUAUUCAUUAAAAACUAAUUCUAGUCCGCUAGGGAUAGCUUAGCGUGUUGUUUCAAGUUGUAUCGAUACUAUUGUAGUUACAUGUGGUUUGUGUUCUGUUAUCACAUUUUGGGUAGGUACUAGUUAUCCAUCAGCUAUAAAUUGUUAAGUUUUACGCCGUUUCUUGCGAUAAAUCCUAAGUUGUAAAAUAAGAAAUACUAUUAACCGCGACACGUGAGUUACCUUGAACGCCCAAAGUGGUCGGUAGCGCUGUAAUCGUCAAAGACGCAAAUUCGAAAUAAUUCUCCGAAGACCGAUGGCUGCCUCAAUUGGUCGGAGUAUCAAUGAACGCCCCCAUGACUCAUACGUCCCCAACUUCUAAAAUAAAGCAACUGUAUUUUGCAUACCGGUGCAACGAAAUUGUAUCUUUGGCCGUUAAAAAUUUUAGACCUCGUUUCAUAAAUAUCGGGACAAAAAAUGCGUAUAAAUUUAGCAUCUGCUUUCUUUCUUAUCCCAGGUAUUUAAUGCCUGAGGUAUUUGCCAAAAUGAUUUGGCCGUUUAACGUUUAAUUAUUGCUAUUUCCGUUGGAUUCAAUGCGCUCUAAAAUGUAGUUAAUGUUUCUUAACGUUCCGUAUGAAAGUACAAGUAGCCGUGUUACCAAAACAUAGCGAAGAAUGCUGUUGUUGAGGUAAUCAGAGAUUAAAAAUAAUGACUGCUGACAACGAUCAGUAAGUUUGGAUCGCUGUAACACGCAUAUUGUUUUACGCAUGACGUAACUGUAGUUUGCAAAGAUAACUCGGUCCAAUGCUCUGAUAAAUUAAAGCUUACUAAACUCGACGGGUAAGUGGUCUAUUGAUGUAUGCAUCAUACUGUAUGAUACUGAUGUAUGGAUUGUACUGACCACGUAGCAAUUCCCGUCAUUUUUCCUGUUUAUUGACGUGACCAUAAGAUAAAGUAUGAAACUUACGAAUGACCAUAUUUUAGCAUGAUCGAAUAAAUUAUCUUGGAUGCCAAAAAGACGAUAAAUCGUUAAAUAUAAUGCCCAAUUUCACGCGUCGUUCACGAACGAGUAGUUAAUAGUUGUAGAAUAAUAAAUAUGCGUAAUGAUGUCUAUUGAAGACGCUGUCGGACAGUAGUCGUCCUUGCCUAAAAUAGAUUCGCUCAAAAGUCCUGCCUGGCUAGAUCCUGCCUUGAAUCAUAAUAACCCUUAGAGGAUAAAAAUACGUAGUCUGCGACGUCAACGAAAUGAACUAAAUCGAUACGCCUAGUACUAUAGGUAUACUUAGGUCUUUGUUUCGCCGUCAUGUUUUCAUAAAAUAAAACUGUGUGAGUGGAAAUAUCUCGCGGCGCAUGUGAGCAAACUCUCGGUCAAUGAGUUUAGGACUCGCCGUCCUUUCAAGGGCAAAAUACAAAUAAAUAUUUACUUGAAGAUUCGACGACCUUUUUCCCAUGUCUGACGCCAGACUAGUCCGAGACCUGCGUCGGUUAUAUGUAAAUCUUGAAAUAUGACUUGUAUUUCUAGAUUUCAAUGUCAUAUAAAUAUCUAUUUUGGCGUUGGAGGCUUUAAUAAGGAUUUUAUACAUAUUUUAAUGCGUGCUGUUCAAGACGUAGACACGUAGUCCCGUCUGAGAGUGAUUUAUUGUAAGAAAAAAUUAUGGGAGAUGUAAUGAUGCGUUUGAGUUAUGAAGUCGAUGGCCGUAAAUACUUGGAGCAUAUAAAUAACGCUACGUCGGGCGAUACGUAUAAAGAUGUGUUGAUGAUGAUCCUGCAGUAAAUUGCGAAUCACGUAUAAUAAAAAAUAAACAAACCAUUUUUAUUUGUAAAUGAUAGAUAGUAUCUAAUAAUAUACAGAAUAUGAAGAGUUAUUAGCACAUAUUUGUUGAACUAUAAAUAAUUUUAAGUAAGGUUGAGAACCGUGAUGAGAUGCAUGUUCUUUAUUUAUUUGUGUUUGUAGUUUGAGAGUUGUGUGACUAUAUUCCGUAGUUAGAAUGCUUCAUAAUAUCCCUAUUUUAUAUUAUAUAUAUCAGCUUUAUAAUAACUGCUAUAGGGCAUCCAUUGAAAAAGUACGAAACGUGCAAAAAGUUAUGUCCGUGUCGAAUUGUGAUCAAUAUUAAUUAAUUUUCGCUUUUGUUAUCACGUGUUCAUACCGCGAUAGAAUCGACUGUAUAUAACGCUCAAGUUAUAUCAUCAACUAAAAUCGUGCACGCAAUAGUUAACACAUAGACUCAUAACAGGUCCACUGUCGUGUGAAGAGAAUUCCAUAGAAUUCGAGCGUAUCGAAAUUUUACAAAUAUUACGUUUUUGUAAAUUCUUGUUUUAGGGUAUUGUAACGUAAUAAUCCCUUUACGAGGGGUGGUGACCGCAGCGGCGCACGCCCUUCGCUUGCCAGCUAGGUUCAAGGAUUCCCAAUGAGUCAGUUCGAAAACAAUUGUUUGGAACGAGUAUAUGCUAGAAAUGAUACGCGGUCAUGCAUUUACUUAAAAAACUGAGUACGCACGUUUUUCUACGCCCUAAAAGUUUAGCGCACAGGUUCUAUAUUGAUGAGUCUUCUGCUUAACAGCUAUACAAGUUUUUUCCUCCAUGAAAUGGUACAAUCGGUUCAAUGUUUAUGAACGCGCGCCUAUAGCUCUAAAUUCGUCGAAUACCCUCGCUACUAAGUAAUCCAAAUACUAUUCUUACAAUCAUAUCACGCUACAGAAUCCUUUGUUUGCAUUAUAAGUCUUCGCUAUUACUUUCCGUGGUUACAAUUUAUCUCAAUACACCUCGACGCUUGUCUAGUUAAUCUCAUUGAUUGCUUUAGUUUCGCUUUUCUGUCUGAAGAUUUCAUUUGUUAGACUGAAUGUCGAAUGAAUAAAAACUGUCUUCAGCGUGUGCACAAGCCCUGCGUUAUGGCAUUCAAAAUAUACGAAGACGCGUUUGCAAUUAUGAUCAUUCUGUAUCUAUCAAGCUUCUGGAUAUUUACAUGUUAUGACGUGUUCUCUGUUCCCGUUAUCCGAGAUUUAUGGCGGCGGAAGCUGUGUUGUGGGUACAAGUCACGACUUCACCAAAAUAGACUGCAGGCCCUAAACAAUAAACGGCUAAUUAUUAUUAAAGUAUUUUAAUAUUUUUAAUGUCAGUACUCGUGGACAAAUCAAGACGUUCAUGUCAUAUGACUUAAUUAGUGAUAAGUAGCUUUGAAUGUUCACAAAAAUAAUGUAGAACUGUAUGAGCAUAAAGUUAAAAGGUCAAGGUUACCGACGCGUUUCUCGAAAGUCAUACAAAAUACGCGAUACCAAGCAUCAAAUAUUAAAACAUUCAGAUUCGCAAACGAGAUUUUAAUUGUAAAAUAGAGCGGGUAUGGGAAGACCGGUUUUAGAUCGUGUUGAAACUACAAUACUGACGAUAAAAAUAAAUAUACUCAUUGAUAUUCUGAAGCUGAAAUGUAAGCAGCCGUUGUGAGGAUUUACGUGCAAAAUGUGUGUUUAGGUGUUCAUUAUUAUUACCUAAGCUCGUUAGAAGCAAAUACAGAUUGCAAUUAUAGAAAUAGGCAACCGCCAUGAGCAGAAUUUCAAGCGUCAGGAAGAUAUUACACUCUGCCAAGAAUACUUUAUAGACCCUGUUAAGUGCGGAAGCUAUAGAAAAUUUAUGUCAGCGUUAAAUACUUCUAAAGAGAGCAGAAAUGUUUAUGUUCAUACAGAGAAAGUACCAUUUUGGUUCCGAGGGAGUUGGACUAAUUAAAUUGGCAAUUUGCCACGUGCAUGACUAACAAGACGACAGGUUUUGGAUGGCAGGACCCCUUCACAUAAAAAAAUGCUUUUAACGAAAAAAGUAGGUAAUUACUCCUUGUUAACUGAAAGCAUGUUUCUUUAUCGUUGUGACAUGCAAACAGGAUUUUACGACUAGGAAUAGUAAUUAUUGUUUUGUUGAUAAAUUUGCAUAUUUUGAAGGUGCGAUAGCACUUUUGUUGAGAAUGUUGCAGAUUUUGAGAUCGCGUUAUUAUUAAGAUUAUUGCCUCCUAACUUUUAAGACAAACAUGAGUUGCUUUGAAUGUCAGCCUUCGAGGUCGCUAUGAAUAUUGUGUGCACGUUUUUUACGACUUAUUAUUUAGAUGAAGUAUUUAUGCUAACAUCCUGUACGUAAGAUAAAUAGCAUCCCGUAGGAAAGAUAAGUGUUAAUUUGUAAUGUUACAACAAAUAUAACUCAAUAGACUGACUGCACAAGAAAAUCUGGUUCUGAGACCACUACUGAAAAAAAAAAGUCUUAAUGAACGUUAUAGUUUGCUGAGCUGAGUGGUAGGAAACCGAAUAAAACAUCACAAGUUCAAAGGAACUUAAUUAGGAACUUGCAAAACACGUCUGUAUGUCCUUAGAAUCGGAAGCGAGGACUUAAACGAGGGAUAAAUAUAGCUUGAGUGGUAAAGAUGGACUUUCCCUUCUAAGGACAGUAUCGCCAAGUUCAUUCCACUAGUCAAAUAGACUCACUUCUCUAGAGAUAAGACGAAAUAGAGAUUUAAAGAAUGUAGGGACAUAUGAUUGUGAUAUUUCUGGUAAAACCCAGUAAUUAGACAUAAGAACCUUGGUUCGAAACCUUAAUUAAAUUCGUAAUGGAUUAUUGUCACAGGGUGAAUUUUUAUACGAAUGAUUUUUGAUGAGAUGAAUGAAUUCUCCACCCUGUGUAAUUGAUGGAACAUAGUUCUUGUAUUUCUAAGGCAAUUUUGAGGUAUAAUUUAAAAAAUUAUCCAACUAUGUAUCAGAAUUAUUUUACAUUUUUAUAAUGUUCGUGACUAGCGAAGCUAGUAAUGGCACUUUUAUACAAAUUGAUUCGUUUGUUUAAAUAAUGUGUCAGACGUAUGAUCUACAGCGCGAUAAAUAUUUAUAAAGUUAGACUGAGAUAUACUGUAACAAGGAGAAAAUUACGCAAGUGCCGUGAGAAAUUAACUGUCGAGAGAUUUCCCGUCUAUUGUAUGCUUAGAGAGAAUGUACGAUCGAUUUGUCUAAAGUGCUCUUCACUAACUUGCUUUAUCUCCAGUCUCGUCUUACCACGGAAACGAUUGUAAAGUAUUCUGUCUACUAGGACGUACCACUACUUGCCCAUAGGCUUACGAAGUGAACAAUAAAAUGCUAUUUAUAAAUGGGCCACUGCCGCACUACACACAACUGUAUUUUUUGAUGAAUUUGUUUUCAGAUACCUCUCGGUGGACAGAAUCGUUUAUUUUGUAAAUAAUUAGCUUAUAAGAGCACUAUUUACGUUAUAAGUAUAUUUUUACAUGGCACUGACAUAGUAUUUUAGUUAUGCAGUAUUGAAUAAAUUGUUUUUAUA